AUGGCUCUGGAAAUGCCCAUCCGCGACUGGACAAGAGGCAACCACAUCAUUUCCACCGAUCCAUCACUCAUUCCACUCGAGUCGCUCAAUGACAUUUUUGCAUCCGACGACUUUCACUGGGGGAAACCAUUACCGCUCGACCAACUCCGAAUAUUCGUCCAGAGGUCGCUUUGCUUUGCUCUCUACGAUACGGCCGCAGACGAUAGUACCGAAGACAACACGGCACACCGACAGGCAAGUGCAAAUGCAAGUCCAGGCAGAUUGAUAGGUUUCGCCCGUUGGAUCACCGACAUGGUGACGGUCAAUUACCUGACGGACGUGUACAUCCUGCCCGAACACAGAGGCAAGAGAUUGGGGGUGUGGAUGAUGGAGUGUGUAGACGACACGUUCAAGGCCAUGCCACAUCUCAGAGGGAUGAUCCUGAUAGCGGAUCGUGGGAGUAGCACCGAGUCUUUCUACCGGAGACAUUUGAGUAUGGGUGACCUGGCGAGUCCGAGCUUUUGUAUGGAUCGCAAGGGUCAGGGAUCUGCACACUGA